AUGUCAUCGACGCGCCCCUAUUCAUCACGGUCAUUUCCCGCGCUCUUCGUCCGCGGCGGAACGUCCAAUGGUCUCGUCGUCCAUAGACACAACCUCCCGCCAGCAAACGAAUGGCACAAAGUACUACCCGCCGCCAUGGGCUCACCGGACCCCUAUGGCCGCCAGCUCAACGGAAUGGGCUCAGGCAUCUCAUCAACCUCCAAAAUCGUCGUACUGUCUCCGCCCUCGCGGCCCGACGUCGACGUGGACUACACCUUUGUCCAAGUCGGCAUCAAGGACGGCAGUCUCGACACGGCAGGCAAUUGCGGAAACCUCUCCUCCACAGUCGGUCCCAUGAGUCUAGAUGAGGGGCUCAUCCCAAACCCACGCCUCGAACAAGGGGCCGACGGCCAGACGUUCGCUACCGUGCGCAUCUUCAACACCAACACGUCCAAAGUCAUUUCAUCACGCUUCAGGGUCGUCGUCGAUGGGAUAAACCCACCCAGAUACGCCCCAGAUGGCGCCUACAUCAUGGACGGCGUCCCCGGCACCGCCUCCCCCAUCACCCUCAGCUUCCUGGACCCGGCCGGCGCAAAGACGGGCAAAGCCCUUCCCACGGGAAACCCCCGUGACUGGCUCCUCCUCCCGGACGCGAGCACAAUUCAGGCUUCGCUCGUGGAUGUCAGCAACCCGGGCGUCUUUGUCCGCGCCGCCGACCUGGGCAUUCCUUCGCCCGAAGACCUCACGCCGCAGGCCGUCGAGGCGGACGCUGCGCUCAAGGCCAAGCUAGACGGAAUCCGACGCGCUGGUGCGUCUAUGAUGGGUCUGAAUCCGGACGUGGAGAGCGUGCCCAAGAUCGUGCUGCUCUUCUCUGAGACGCGCGCGGAUGACGUCGAUAUCCGGUGUCUGGCACUGUCCAUGGGCCAGGCGCACAAGGCCGUGCCGUUGACGCUUGCGCUGUGUCUCGGGGCUGCUAGUCAGUUGCCCGGCACGAUCCCGGCGGAGCUCAUGAAUGGUCGCUGUGCGAAGGAGUCUGUCGUCAUUGGGCACCCAAGCGGUAAGGUGGAUAUAGGGGCCACGUUCGACAAUGGCGAGAUCGUGUCGGCGGAUCUUCGCCGCACGGCUCGGGUGCUGAUGAAGGGUGAGGUGUUUUACUAG